AUGCUCUGCUUCGCGCUUUCUGCUAUUGCUCUCUGCUUUUCUGAACCGGCUUUACGCCUAACGCUCUUGUUUGCUUGCCUUGUGCAGCUUUUUGGCUUCCCUGAUACGGUGUUGCUUUCUCUCUGUCUCUUUGAAGACAUGCUUUGGUGCUCUUUUGUUGGCUUCUUGAAGAAGUGGGUACCCAUUGCCAAACCUCGUUCCAAUGAACGUUUGCUUCAAGCAAAGGCCACGUUGAAACCCAAGCCGCCUGUUCGCCCACCCUUGUCUGGCCUUGUGGUUACUUGUAUCUCUCGCUCUGGUGAAGUCCUCUCUGAACACGCUGUUCGCUUUUCGCCCUCUUAUCGACCUCCUGUUGGUGUGUCAUGUGUCCAUGAGGGAAGCAAAGUUGUCUCUGGCUGUUGUUGUGGCGUUUUUCCCACUUUGUCCUCUGCUGUUGGUGUUGAUGCUCUCUCUGCUCAUGAAGAAGCUCACACUCGUCCUGCCGUUGCCGUUGCUCCUGCUCGUGCUGUUGACGUUGAUGAUGUUGCCUCCGCUGUUGAUGAUGGUGCUGUUCCUACUGGUGACGAAGGUGUUGGUCUCGAUCGUGUUGGUGUUCCUCCUGUUGACGUUGGUGUUGAUGACGUUCCUGGCUCUGGUGGUGAUAUUUCUGAGGAUGAUGGUGAUUCCGUUUCUGCCGGUGUUGAUGUUGGUGUUGUUGAAGACGUUGGUGUUGUUCUUGCUGCUGUUGACGAUGCUGUUGUUGAAGACGUUGAUGUUGGCGAAGAAGUUCCUGCUCUUGGUGGUGACGUUCCCGCUGGUGGUGUUGAUGAAGAUGUUCCUGCCGUUGCUGCUGUUGCUAACGACGUUGCUGCUGUUGAUGUUGACGACGAUGAUGUGUUUGAGGAGCUCUCAUUCCUUUUUACCCACUUGAGUGUGGAUGAUCCUUUUGACGAGGAUACGCGCAUGGCUCCUCCUUUCGAUUGGCGAUACAUUGAACCAAUUGAUGAUAUGGAAGUUGAUGACGAUUUGCUUUCCGUCAUGUCGAUCAGUUUGGGCAACUCUCCUUUCUUUAAUGACGAAGACCCUAUUAUGAUCGACAUGCCUUCCCCCCAACUUCCAUCACGACCCGCUACACCUCCUCCAUCACCUCCGCCAUCACCUACGCCAAUCCCUAUGGAGGUUGAUAUGCCAAUCCUUUCUCCUAUCAUCACCACUGCCGCUGCCACAACAACCACUAAUACCGCCACUACCACCACUACAAUUAUGCCUACGCCAACUAUGCCCAACCUUAUGCCUGAUCCUAUUCCUGUCAUCACCACCGAUACCACACGUACUACUACCAAUUCCGCUACCACUAUUGUUACCUCUCCUCCUCGUACUGUCCUUAAUCCCACCAUGGCGCUUAUCCAAUCACGAAUCCAACGCAUCCGCCAAACAGUCCUUACUACCGCAACACCUUCCUCAACUCCCGCAACAACUACUUCCGUUACUACUACGACCACCACUAAUGCCGCUGCUACCACUUCCUCAAGUUCUCGUGUUAAUGCCGAUAUGCCACCACCACCACCUCGACCACGACGCACCACCACCCUUACCGUUACGCCACGCACAACAACAACAUCUACCGUCACCUCCACUCCUUCCUCCUCUGGUAUUGUGCGACCAGAUAUGCCACCACCUCCUCCACGACCACCACGAGCAACCGCAACACCUUCUUCUUCUUCUCACCGUUUGUCAUCCUCAUCUUCGUCAUCCAACACCGCCAAUCCUUCACCACGUUCUGAAUCCGCACAACAACAACAACAAACCCCUGUCACCACUACUUCCGCAACACCACCACCAUCAUUACCUACCGAUGUGCGUGAAGCACAAGAGGCCCUUGGCCUCUUUGAUUGA